GGUUGUUGCCCCGGCAACGGCGGGCUCGGCCGGGGGGGGGGGGGGCGGGGGGGUCCCCUCCGCUUGCCCCCGCUUUGGGAGCCCUGCCCGGGCCCCGCAGCCCGCCGCUCCCGCCGCCAUUCCCGGGAGGCCCCGCUCCCUCCCCGCGCACUACAACUCCCGGCAGCCGCCGCCGGGCCCGGCCCCUUCCUCGCACCCAAAAUAACCGGGGGGAGGCGGAGCGGGAGGGAUCCGGGCCCCGCCGGGCCUGCCUCCUCCCCGCUCCCCGGCCCCUCUCUCUGCCUUUCCCAGGGAUCCGCGGGAGCCGUCGGGAACGAGUCGGGAAGCGGCGGCGGCGGCGCCGGUGGCGGCGGGGGGGGGGGGGCGGCCGGGGCCGCGCGGCUCAUGCCCCCCCGCUCCCGGGGGAGCCAUGGCGGCGGGGGGGGCACCCCAGCCCGCCCACGCCCUCAACCUGCUCCCCUACCCCCGGCUGAGCGAGGCCCCGCGCCCCGGCACCGACCUGGACACCGUGGGCACCGACAUCCCCUCCGACCCCUGCACCGGAUACCGGUUCUUCAAGCCCGGGGGAUUGUUCGGGAUGAAGCAAACCGAGGAGCCCUACGGGGAGGGGCAGAGGGUGCCCGAGGACACCAAGGUCCUGACCAGCCCCUGCGCCGUGGAGCCCGGUGGGGUGAACAAAGUGGAGCAGCCUGAGGAGAAGCCCGGGGUAGCUGCCGGUUCCCUGGAGCUCUAUCCCACCGGCAGCUCCGGCCGCUGGUUCCACGCCGGGCAGCGCCCGCCGGACCGCCCCGCCGCCGAGCGGGACGUCCCUGCCAGCGUGGGCAGGGUGUCCUGCUGGGUUCCCCAGCUGGGCUCGGGGCCUUUCCGUUGCGCCCAGUGCGGGAAAGGUUUCCGUCAGAAGCAGAGCCUGAUCACCCACGAGCGGAUCCACACCGGGGAGAAGCCCUACCGCUGCGGGGACUGCGGGAAGAGCUUCAGCCAGCGCCCCAACCUCCUCACCCACCGCCGCGUCCACACGGGCGAGAGGCCUUUCCCCUGCACCCAGUGUGGCAAGAGCUUCAGCCAGAAGGCCAACCUGCUGGCCCACCAACGCAUCCACGCCGCCAGCGACAAGGCCCUGGCUGGGGGAGAGCAAGGGGACGGCACCCCCGGCAAAGCCAAGCUGCGUUCCCAACCCCGGGGUUACCCCGAGGACACCCCUUUUGUCUGCCCGGAGUGUGGGAAGAGCUUCCGACAGAAACCCAACCUCAUCACCCACCGGCGCAUCCACACGGGCGAGAGGCCCUUCACCUGCUUCCUCUGCGGCCGCAGCUUCAACCAAAAGACCAACCUGGUCACCCACUACCGCGUCCACACCGGCGAGCGGCCCUUCGCCUGCGCCCAGUGCGGGAAACGCUUCACCCAAAAAACCAACCUGGUCACCCACCAGAGCACCCACACCGACCUCCGCCCCUACCCCUGCCCUCAGUGCCAGAAGUGCUUCAAGGACAAGGUGUCCCUCAAAGCCCACCAGAAGACCCACGCCCCGCGCCAGCGGCGCUGCCCCGGUCGCAGCCCGGCCAUCUGUCACCCCUACGGGGCUGCGCCCACCCUGCUCCAACCAGGGGGUCCUGAGGUGGAGACCCCUUUCCCCACGGUGCCGCCGCUGCCCCUCCAGAAGAUGCCAGAGGGGCAGGAGCUGUACCCCUGUGCCGAGAAGAGCUUCACCCCCGCCAAGGAGCCGCUGCUGCCGCCCCACGGCGAGCAGCCCUUCCCCUGCGCCCAGUGCGGGGAGGGCUUUUGCCAGAAGCUGCCCCUUCUCCGACCUCAACCGGAGGGUCCCGGGGGGUGCGCAGCCGCCUUCAACCCCGGCCCUCACCUCUUGGGGCACCUGGGGGUGCAGCCGGUGCUGGGGGACGCCACCCCCCCCACCUCCCCCAGCCCCCGGGGUGGAAAAGCCCUUCAUCUGAGUCACCUGGGGCCCAAGCCUUACCCCGAGCAGGAGAAGAGCUCUGGUGACGAGCUGUCCCCCAAGAGCCCCCCAGACAAAGCGCUGGAAGGGCGAGCCUGGCUGUGCCCGGAUUGCGGCCGCAGCUUCCCGCAGUACGAGCGCCUGGUGAAGCACCGGCAGAACCACCGCGGGCGCGGCCCCUACCGCUGCGACGUCUGCGGCAAGAGGUUCAGCCUGAAGACCAACCUGGUGACCCACCAGCGCAUCCACACGGGCGAGCGGCCCUUCACCUGCGGCGUCUGCGGCCGCCGCUUCAACCAGAAGGGCAACCUGGUCACCCACUACCGCACCCACACCGGGGAGCGCCCCUUCCCCUGCCCACAGUGCGGGAAGCGCUUCGCCCAGAAGCCCAACCUCAUCGCCCACCAAAAAACCCACAGCACCCGCCAGCCCUUCACCUGCCCGGAGUGUCCCAAGCGCUUCAAGAGCAAACUCUCCCUGCGGGUUCACCAGCGCAUCCACGGCACCGAAAACGAGCCGGGACGGGCCCCGGCCACCGCUACCGCCGCCACGGCCGCCGCCGCUGCCGCCGCCAUCCUGCAGCCCCCUCCCGGUGCCCCCUACCCCUGCUCCCUCUGCGGGGAGGCCUUCGAGGAGCCCGGGGAGCUGCAGCUGCACCGGCAGGGCCACGCGGGCGAGCGGCCCCACGCCUGCGCCGAGUGCGGGAAGCGGUUCCGGCAGAAGGUGAACCUGGCGGUUCACCAGCGCACCCACACCGGGGAGCGGCCCUUCCGCUGCCCCGACUGCGCCAAGGGCUUCAGCCAGAAGGCUCAUCUCCUGCGGCACCGCCGCACCCACGCCGGCCCGCCCCACCACCAGGAGCACGAUGCUGCCGCCGCCGGCAUUCCCUUGGGAAAAGCCGCCGAGACUCCCGCCCUGCUCCUGCCUCCCUGCGCCCGGCGGGAGGAGCUGCGCCCGGGAUCGCAGCCCCACGACAGGCCCGACAGCCCCACCGGCGCCGCCGACAUCCUGCUGCAGCUGAUGCAGGAGGAUCAGCAGCACCUCGCUGCCGGCACCCAGCACCCCGCGGAGGGGCCCGCCGGGCUCUGCCCCUGCAAGUGCGCCCAGGAGGAGGAGGAGGAAGAGGAGGAGGAGGAGGAAGGGCUGAGGCCGAAGGCUCCCGGCCUGCCCCCCCCGUGCUGCUGCGCCGAGUGCCUGGGCCAGCGGGCGCCGAAGCCGCAGCCUGAGUGUCGGGCCGAGCUCUGGGCCAAGUUCGGCGGCUGCGGCCGCGGCUUCGAGGAGAAGCGUGUCCCGCGGGUGCCCGAGCGCCAGGACAAACCGGCGCCCUGUCCCAGCUGCCUAGCCGGGCGGUCGCCGCCCACGACGGACCUGGCGUCCCCCAUGACGGACCUGGCGUCUCCCACCGGCGAGAACCCCUUCGCCUUCCCUGGCGAGGAGGGGCUGGGGGACGAGAAGGUGCUGGUGAUCCACAGCCAGGCCGAGGAGGAGGCUGAGAAGGAGUUCAAGUGCAUCCUGUGCGGGGAGCGCUUCGGGCAGCAGCCCAGCCUGGCCCGGCACCAGAAGCACCACGCCGGGGAACGCGCCUUCAUCUGCGCCGAGUGCGGCAAAGCCUUCAGCCUCAAGCACAACCUCAUCAUCCACCAGCGCAUCCACACCGGCGAGCGGCCCUACCAGUGCGGCGUCUGCCAGAAGAGCUUCAGCCUCAAGCAGAACCUCCUCACCCACCAGCGCAUCCACAGCGGCGAGAAGCCCUUCUCCUGCCAGCGCUGCGGGAAGCGCUUCCGCGAGCAGCGAUUCCUCCUCAACCACCAGCGCACCCACGCCCAGGACCCCCCCGGCACCGUCGCUGAGGCCCAGCCCGGUGGCAGCCGCCCCCCAGAGCCACAUGAGGCCCCCGGUGGCCCCUUUGACCACGGCGGGAAGAGCUUGGGUUGCCGGAGCAGCCUGGCCGCGCAGCAGCCCUUCGCCUGCCCCGACUGCGGCAAGGCCUUCAGCCAGAGGGGCUCCCUGAGGAGCCACCGGCGCAGCCACGCGGCCGAGACCCCCCUGGCCUGUCCCCAGUGCGGCCAGAGCUUCGCCCAGAAGGUCGAUCUCGCCGCCCACCAACGCACCCACGGGGCCAAGGCCGCCCUCACGGAAUGACGGCUGCGAGCGGAGCCGGAUCCUGGCAGAGAGAUCCCUGGGACCGGGGAAGGAGCCGCCCCGGGGCCGGGGAGAGGGGCGCCAAGGGGAGGUGGCAGCAGCUCGGCCUGGAGCCAAGAGCCCCCACUGGCACCCAGAGCCCCCGCCGGAGCCGAGACCCCCUGGAACGAAACGAACCCAAAGCCCAGAGCUGGAGGGAGCAGAUCCCUUCCCCCCCGGCACAUCCCUCUGCUCCAGGGACACGGAACAGCAGCGGAGCCAGAGCCUGGCGGGGGCUGAACGGCGCCGGGAUGGGGAGACCGCCCUGCCCUGCCACCCCGGGACCAGCACGGGCCCUGCUCCCCCUGACACCCACCUCCCCAGCCAUGCCCCCUGCCCACCAGCUUCCCCUCGGCUCCGGGACCCCCUCCCCUGCCUCCUCUGCUGCCUGGGAACGCCGGGGCUUCCGUCUGUGUCAUUAAAUGGAUCCAGCUUGGAAAAUCCUGCCUCUCUGUUACACUGGGAGCCCCCCAGCUCAGCCCAGCCAGGCCAACCCCUCCCGCCAGUGCUCCCGCCCUCUGCGGUCCCCAGGGAGGGAUGUGACCAGGAGAGCAGCCGGGAGGGCCCUGCAGGUGUUGGAAGGGAACGUGCCAAGGGGGGUCCCUGGGAUCUCUGGGACCACGUGACCUCCGGAGCUGCUGGAUCCUUGGGAUCCCUUAGUCCCUGGAUCCCUGAGUCGCUGACGUCCCCUUGACCCGAGUCCCAGUUUCUCCACGUCGUGGGUACCAACAUCCCCGUGCCCCAGGUCCCAACGUCCCUGACCCAGUGUCCCGGUGUCCCAAAG